AUGAAAGCUGCUCGUGCAGUGCGGGUGCCCCGCGUACAGGCAACCAGCCGCGUCAACACUCGACUAGUGAGCGGUACAGGCAACGUUAAGUCAUCCGUUGCUGCCGGCGCCGCAACUAGUGUUUGGCAAUCUCAAUCUCAAACCCAAUCACCAACCCCACGCAAGGCUUUGAAUUCGCCGCUUGCCAAACUCCCCUUGUCAUCUGUUCUGCGCUCGCUGCUGGUGCUGUCAGUCUCGUCUUCUCCGAUCUUGCUCAAGCCUUGCAUUUAUACUCUAUCCUUGUUGGCGCACCCUCGCUCUGCACUGUGGGAUGUCUCCAAGAACCCGCUGCUGAAUUUUAUGGUGAAACACACCGUAUAUAAACAGUUCAAUGCAGGAGAGAAUAAGUCCGAGGUUCAAAGGUCCAUUCAGAAUAUCAAGGGUCUAGGAUGCCGAGGUGUUCUGCUUGGUUAUGCUCGUGAGGUGCUGGUUGGAGAGAAUGCAGAUGCCCCAAUAGAUGCGAAGGCUGCUCUCGCUGAAAUCCAGAUGUGGUUCGAUGGUACUAUGCGUACAGUCGAUAUGGCCCAAGAGGGGGAUUUUGUUGCUCUCAAAUUCACCGGUAUGGGUACCGAUGCCCUUAGACUCCUUCAAAAGGAAGCUGCGCCAACCGAGUUUAUGGAUGCUUCUAUCCUGAAGGUGUGCGACUUGGCAAUCUCCCGAGGUGUUCGUCUGCUCGUCGACGCCGAGGAGCAGGCUGUCCAGCCCGGUAUUGAAGAAUGGAUCAUGAAGUACCAGAAGUACUGCAACUCUCAGACCCCCGGCCGCGCCAUCUUCUACGGUACCUACCAGGGAUAUCUCCGAUCAACACCCUCCACUCUGGCCCGUCACCUCGAGACUGCUCGUGCCGAAGGAUAUACAUUGGGUGUCAAGCUGGUUCGCGGUGCUUACAUGAAGACGGAGCCUCGCCACUUGAUCUGGGCUAAGAAGGAGGAGACUGACCAGUGCUACGACGAGGUCGUUGAGGCUCUCUUGACCCGGAAGUACAACUCCAUGAUGCAAUCCCCUUCAACCGACCCGUCUGUUCAGUUGCCGCCCGUGAAUGUGAUUAUCGCCACACACAACCGUGAAUCCGUCCGCAAAGCCCACGCCAUCCGCAUGCAGCAGGCUGCCAACGGAGAAGAUUAUGGUGUCGAUCUUAGCUACGCACAACUCCAGGGCAUGGCUGAUGAAGUGAGCUUGGAACUUCUCCAGGGUUUUGAGAGUGCCGAAGCUAGUGUCGGUGCCACACCAAUGGCGGCACCCAACGUUUUCAAGCUUUUGACUUGGGGUUCCGUUCAGGAAUGUAUGGGUUUCCUCUUGCGCCGUGCCGUCGAGAACACCGAGGCCGUUGGUCGCACCAAGGACUCCCAGCUGGCAAUGUUCAGUGAGUUGAAGCGCCGGAUUGUUGGAGGCAGCAAAUAG